UUAGCAAAAAAAAUUUUAAAUAGUUUCGGAAAAAUAAGCGCAACAGUUGAAAAAUAUCGUAUUGGUUAGUUGCAUAUAUUGUCGUUCUAACACCAUCUACGGCCGCUUCCUAAAUUUAAUUUUAUAUAGGGUGGGGUGUGAGAGCUAACUGAUACUGCUGGUGGGGGCCUCGUGCUGAAGCACACGUAGAGGUCACCUUCAGUUUUAGUUAGACUAAAGACGCGAAAGCAGUGUCUCAUGUUUCGUCAGAGCACUGCAGGUCCUUCAGGUAACUUUGAAAUCGAGGAAAAAUUGUCUACACAAUCCUCGUUGCAGUUAGAAGUACAUUUGUUUGAAACAUAAGUGGCAUCCUGCAGCAAAAAUGGCAGAAGAAUUAGCAGCACAAAGAUUCAUAAAACCUGGCAGUCACAAAGGUAAAGGCCUUGCAGUCUUUACCAGUGGAGGUGAUUCUCAAGGAAUGAAUGCAGCAGUUCGAGCAGUUGUCAGAAUGGGUAUUUAUCUGGGAUGUAAAGUUUUUUUUAUUAAAGAAGGCUAUCAGGGUAUGGUAGAUGGUGGAAAUAAUAUUGUAGAAGCAAAUUGGUCAUCUGUCUCUUGUAUCAUUCAUAGAGGUGGUACAGUAAUAGGAUCUGCUCGUUGCAAAGAAUUUAGAGAACGUGCUGGUCGUAGAACAGCUGCAAAAAAUUUAGUAACUCGUGGAAUAACCAAUUUGGUUGUAAUAGGAGGCGAUGGUUCUCUUACUGGUGCAAAUUUAUUUAAGGAAGAGUGGCCAGAUCUCUUAAAAGAAUUAGCUGAUGCAGGUGAAAUUACUCCGGAACAAGCAGAAAAAUACCAACAUUUACAUAUCGCUGGUAUGGUAGGUUCUAUCGAUAAUGACUUUUGUGGGACUGAUAUGACUAUUGGUACCGAUUCUGCGUUACAUCGUAUUAUCGAAAGUAUCGAUGCUAUUGUUAGCACAGCAUAUUCUCAUCAAAGAACAUUCAUAAUGGAAGUUAUGGGUCGACAUUGCGGUUACCUGGCUCUAGUGGCAGCCAUAUGUUCUGAAGCUGAUUAUGUGUUCAUCCCAGAGUGGCCACCUGAACAAGAUUGGCCAAACAAGCUGUGUAAAAAGCUGUUACAGGAAAGACUCACUGGACAACGACUUAAUAUUAUUAUUGUGGCAGAAGGUGCGGUAGAUAGGAACGCUGAACCGAUCACUGCUGAAAAAGUUCAUAAAGUUGUUGUAGAAAAAUUGCAACAAGACACCAGAAUUACUGUUCUUGGUCAUGUUCAAAGAGGUGGUAAUCCAUCAGCUUUUGAUAGAGUUCUGGGUUGUCGAAUGGGAGCAGAAGCUGUAAUGGCAUUGAUGGAAGCAAAACCAGACACUGAAGCAUGUGUCGUUACACUGGAUGGCAAUCAAGCUGUUAGAUUACCUCUAAUGGAAUGCGUUCGUCGUACUAAAGCUGUAGCUCAAGCUAUGGCUGAUAGAAAUUGGGAUUUAGCUGUUCAACUUCGUGGAAAAGGAUUUGCCCGUAAUUUGGAAACAUACAAAAUGUUAACCCGUCUAAAAGCACCUGUAGAUCACGACCCCAAUAAGGAAAUUAAUGGCCCCACAUUAACAAAGCAAUUCACUUUAUGUGGACAAGACCACUAUACAUUAGCUGUAAUGCAUAUUGGUUCACCUUCUUGCGGUAUGAAUGCUGCAGUACGUUCUUUCGUCAGGAAUUGUAUUUAUCGAGGCGACAAGGUUUAUGGAAUCUGUGAUGGAGUACUGGGCCUUAUGGCUGGAAAAUUCAAAUUAAUGGAUUGGCCUUCUGUCACUGGUUGGGUAGCACAAGGUGGUGCCUAUUUAGGAACUAAACGUGCUCCACCCACAGACGAGCAAUUGCCUCAAAUUGCUCAGAAACUUAAAGAAUAUGGAAUUCAAGCUCUACUUAUCAUAGGAGGUUUCGAGGGCUAUCAAACAGGACUUACCUUUUUCAAAGCUAGGGACAAAUUUGAAGAAUUUCGGAUUCCUAUUGCUAUGAUUCCGGCGACUAUCAGCAAUAAUGUUCCUGGAACCGAGUUUUCAUUAGGUUGUGACACUGCUUUAAAUGAAAUUACAGAGAUUUGUGAUCGCAUUCGUCAGUCGGCACAAGGCACAAAACGCCGAGUAUUUAUUAUUGAAACUAUGGGUGGAUAUUGCGGUUAUUUAGCUACAGUCGCUGGAUUGGCUGGAGGUGCUGAUGCAGCAUACAUUUUCGAAGAGAAGUUCAAUAUUAAAGACUUAAAUCAAGAUGUCAUUGCAAUGGCAGCAAAAAUGUCUGAAGGUGUACAAAGAGGUCUCAUUUUAAGAAAUGAAAAUGCUAAUUUGAAUUAUAGUACAGAUUUUAUGCAGAGACUCUUCAGCGAAGAGGGAAAGGGUCUGUUCAGCUGUAGAAUGAAUAUUAUUGGUCACAUGCAGCAAGGUGGUUCACCCACUCCAUUUGAUCGUAAUUUGGGCACAAAAAUGGGCUCUAAAGCAGUUGAGUGGUUUAGCGAUCAAUUAAAGAAGUAUACAAAUGCCGAUAAUAAGAUAACAACGAUGGAUGCCGAUAGCGCUGUUAUGAUUGGUAUUGUGCGAAGGCAGUACAGAUUUACACCGUUUACAGAACUUCUUCCAGUUACGGAUUUCGAACAUCGCAUUCCUACAUAUCAAUGGUGGAUGAAAUUGCGGCCAUUACUGAAAGUUUUAGCAAAACACGAAUCUACGUAUGAAGAAGAAGGACUUUAUAUCACGGUAGAAGAAAUGGAUCUUGAUAACGAUCCUCUUGUGUAAAUUAAAUGCACACGGUGAAAGGUAAUGUUCCCUAAAUAUGCACUAUUGUAGAUUUUGUUAAACAGUAUUGUAUGGCAUUAUGAUAACUAUGUUCCAUUGAUGUAUAAGAGAAAAAGAAAAGGUGGAACUAUAGAUACACAAUCGUAGAAUUUAAUAUUUUGCGAGAUUUAGUAUAGGUCAACUAUUUUGACAAUUGGCACGAAAUUGCAAUGUGUACGUGUACACAUAACCAUAUCGUUUGUACAUUCGGUUACUCGAUAACGAGAAAUGCGCGCUAAUACUUUUAAUCUCCUCGAUGUGAACUAUCCUAAUAAAUAGUAAAUUAUUGCAUAUUAUUGCCAUGAUCCAGAGUACAGAUUAAUAUUUUUGUUUAAAAAAAAUAAUUUAUAUAUUUUGAUUGCGGCUUAAAGUUAAGCAAGAAGUAGGAGGUACAAAGAUAGUACCUGAAACACGAAGGUAAGCUAUAUCUUAGUAAUAUAAGAAAAUGAACCAGGUAGUAAGACAUCUUAACGGGCAUUUUCAUUAAUAAUAGUUAAAAAUUACAUUCUUAUAUUGGAUGUAUUAAAUAUUUAUUGUCAUUGCCAUUGCCAUUGAUACGCGCGUGUGUGCGUGUAUACAUACAAAUAUACCUGAAGAUAGAACAAAUAUAAAUGUUAACGUGAUGUACAACAGAGCGUUUAAAUGUUAUGACAUAAUCAAGAUGAGCAUUCAAGAUAACAAUUAUAUACGAAUAUGAUGAUAAAAAUGAAUACAAUUAACGAUGUUAAUUUCUCAAUACGAGAUAUUCGAGUAAAAUAGCUUUCAGUCCUAGAUUUUAUGAACAUUGUCAACACAUUUGGCAUCGGAUUUAUUGUCCUCACCUAUCUAAAAUCUUGAUACCACUCACAAUAAUUAUAUUGCAAUUGCAUUAAAUCUUAAAAGUGCAUGACAAUUUUAAUACUUCAUUUUUUCUUAUAGCUUUAACAAAAAUUUAUUAGAAUGGCAACGCUUCUAGAGGGUAUUUGUAUUCUACCCAUUGCCAAACUUUUGGUUGCAACAUGAACUAAGAAUCGAAUUACAGCUUUCAUGGCUACUUUACAAUUUUGCGAGUAAAUUUACUAGGCUAUAUUUGUGGUCUAUUAAGAUAUAAAAUUAAACAUAAUGUGGCAUCUUCUUUUAAUGGAAACUUAUCAUUUGGUUUAGCUUUAUCUAUAGCUAUAAAAAGCUAUUCGAAGAAUAUACUUGUCUACCUCAAAACAUAAUUUGCAACGACAAGCGAUACUUAGGACAAACUAAAGACCUAAGUCUUACUGGUUGCAUAUAACGUUAAAAGGUUUUGCUAAGAUUUAAGGCUUGUGACCACAGGAAUAUUUAGAUUUAAUUUGUAUUAUUAUUGUACUCGUAUAUUAUCAUGUAUUCAUCUCGACAAAUCGUACAGAUAUUAAAUUCGAGAUUGUAUUUCUUCGAACGUAGAACAUUUUCCUAUGAAAUAUUAAACUCAAGAAAGUUGUUUCAAUACAAACGAUCAUGGUAUUUUUCUAGUUUGUUUAUUUUUGAAAACUUGAUAAAGUUUUGCAUCUGAGAAACGCGUGAAGAAUAUUUUGAAGGAACUGACUGACACGUCCAUGCGACGAUAAAAUACAAGUUGUGCUUUGAUCAACAAUGUUAAAAAAUAUUUACAAUUCUGAUUAUCGUUCUUGAAAUGUAAAUUCAGUUCACACAAGUCAAUAAAAUAUUUAUUUGAGAUGCAGAACAACUUCUCACAAAUAUAAAAUAAAAUAAUACGUGCAAAGUACAAUGUAAUGUACAUAUAUUUGUCACUAAAUCCUAAACUAGAUUAAUACAACAAAAUUACGUGUAUAUAUCAGAGAGGAUUAUGCACGUUGUUUAAUUAAAAUUGUUGUUAUAUAUGCAAAUGAUUUAGCAAAAUACUAAGACAAUAGAUAUUGUUGACAAACGUAUAAAAAGAAGAAUAUUGUUCAAUGUAAACGGAAUUUUAUCUGUGAAGAUAUCCCUCUCAAAGGGAUCUUCGAAAAUAUAUCCUCCUUAUAUUGCCUUCGCAUAUUACGUACGACUGUUAAAAAGCUAUAAAUUUAUUGUGGCCUAAUCAACGGGGAAAGGAACAUAAACUGCACUUAAAUUUGAACGUUUAUUAAAACAAGGGGCAAAUAAUCAAAAAAGUAUCAUCAGAUGUAAAAGGAAAUUGUAAAAAUUUAUGAUAAGAAAGAGAAACGGGAAAAGAUGAUGAUAAUGAAACAUGCGCGUAGGUCCGCUUUUGUGUAUAAAAAUAAAACGUACAUGCAUAGACACAAGAUGUAUUUUGUAUAACUUUACGUGUGAAUUCCAAACUUUAUUGUAUAUCAUGUGUGUUCAUUUAAGUGCAUCAGAGCGGACAGAUCAUUUGCUCCAUCUACCAAUCAUGCUAACAUGAUUACAAACAUAUAAUGUACAAAGACACAAGCAUUGAUAUCAUACCACUAACGACUACUUAAUAAUAAUAUAAUGAGAUA